UGCAAAGUCAGCUGAGGUCUGUCCUUGCUGAGCCCCUCCCUAGCAUGAGGAGCCUCCAGCUAUCCCAGAAUGCCCCACCCUUACUUGCAGAGAAUUUUGAGAUUUGAGAUUUGCCCCAUCUGGAGUGGCAUUCCAGCCCCGGGGGGGGGCGAGGGGGAGCAGAUCUAGAGGUCCCUGUUCCAGAUUUGGAGAAAGGGGGCUGCUUUUGCCUCUUCCGCUUCCUGCCCACCCCAGCGCAGCCCCCGCGACGCCUCCUGGUCUUUGCCCAGCCGUCCUGCGGAGCAUCGUCCCGGGCUUCUCCCUAGCGACGGUUGCCGCGGCGACCGCGUCCAUAGCAACGCGCCCUGCCUCCGCAGCGUCUUCGCCGGGGAGCUGCUCCGCCCCGGGGCUGUCCGGCUAAAGGAGGAGGGCGCCGGACCCGGAGGCGGCGGUGGGUCUGUGCCAAGCUCUCCCCAAGUAUUGAAGGCGUGAAGAUCUGGCGAUGUCAAAGCGAAGUUGGAGCCAGGCGGAAGAGGAGCGAAUUAACCAACUUUCGGUUUCGAGGUGCCUUGAGUGGGUCUGAGAAAGGUCGCAAUGGAUGCUGAUGAAGCUGUCAGCGAAAACCUAAAAAUGCAGUUUAAGGCUCUCCAGGAGCAGCAGCAGAAAAGGAUGCAAAAUCUGAUGGAGAAGAAAAAGGAGAGUCAACACAGCCUAAAACAGAACAACAAGGAGAAUCAAGACAAGGCCCUCGGAAUCCCAGAUGCCCUCAACUUAUCAUUCUUGCCAGCCGAGACAUCCAAUUUAGACAUUGGGACGAAAUUGCUGGAAACUGAAAAUGAGCAGCUGCAGCACCAACUCCGGGAGCUGGUGGAUGAGAACGGCCGGCUGUUCAAGCUUUUAAAGGAAAGAGAUUUGGAAAUAAAGCAGCUUCAUAAGAAGAUAGAAGAGGAACGGCAAGCUCUACUGGGGACCACUGGUUUAUCAGGGGAUGUUGCAGCGUCUAAAAUUGUGGAACUGGCUAAACAAAACCGGCACAUGACAGCUGAAAUGGAAAGGGAGAAAACCAGAACGAAACAGCUGAACAACCGGAUCAAACAGCUGGAAAAAGAUCUACAGAUAUCCAGUGUUAAGUUGCAAACUCAUGGUGACAGCCCAGCUUUCCGUAAAAAGGCAGACACCACUAUGAGCCCAGAAGUGAAAGCUUUGCAUGAAAAAUUGUCUGCCGUGAAUCUCAAAGCAUCUGAAUAUCGCAACCAGCUUCAGUCCACAAAACAGGAACUUAAGAUGACACAAAAGCUUCUAACCAACGAAGUGGGCGUAGACGUCAAUAUCCAAAAUCUUUUGUCCAACCCUGGCAGCUGGCGAGGACGGGCUCAGCAAAUCCUUGUCCUGCAAGGCAGAGUACGGGAGUUAGAAACCCAGCUGAAUUGUCACAAAAGCAAGUUAUCGGAGAACGAUGCUAACGAAGACCCGUUAAGCCUCACUGACUCCAGGAAGUCCUCAGCCCAAGUCAAGAACCAUUUGCGGAUUCGAACCUUGGAAAGGGAGAAGAAAGAAGCUUUGGAAAAGCUCAUGAAUCAGUACCAAGUCCUUCAGAAUGACCACGAGGAUGUGAAGAAGAAGCUGGAGGGGUCCAAAGCCAGGAACAAGGUCUUGUCCAACGAGGUGAAGACUCUGAAGGAUCAAAUUUCCACCCUGAUGGAGAAGGGGAAGCACGACAACGAACUUGUGGAUGCUCUCGUGAGCCAGCAGAAAGAAAUGCAAGGCAUCUUAAAAAAUCUGAGCCAGCAAGAAGACAGGAACGUGGAGGGUGAAAAGGCUGUGGGGAAGAAGCUGAAUGCUGAGAUCCAGAAGCAAAACUGCCUCAUUGAGCAGCUCAAGGAGAUGGUGGCCGAGCGAGAAGCUCAGGUGAAGGAGCUCGAAGAGAUGGUCAGGCAGCUGAGGUUGCAGCAGCAGCACCUUCCCUCCCAAGAGGAGAGUGGAUUAGAUUCAGGUUCCACGUUGUCUGCAGAGUCUUUAGAAGAGGAAAAUCAGAAUUUAGCCACCAAGAAGGAAGACUAUAGCAGAACGGACAGCUCUGUAAGGACAGUGUCGAAGAUGGGACACACCCUGGUGGAUUCUGCAGCAACGUUAAUUCCAACAUCUCCUAGCAGUGCACUACAGCUGAACAACAUCGAUUUCAGAACCCUGCAGGCUCAGAUCACCGAAUACAAGACUCUGUGUCAAGCAGCAGAAGUGGAACGAGACCGUUUGAUAGAGCUGGUCAGCAUCCUACAGAAAAGGGUGGAUGAGAGCAUCACUAAAGUUUGGGAAGCAGAAAAGAAAUUUCAGGAACAACAACAUAAGUACGUCGCUCUUGAGCAGCAGUUUGCGAAGCUGAAGAUGGAAUCGGGGAAGACAGUCAUGGCCCCCAGGGCUCACCCCAAAACCAAAACAGCUCCGUCAUUCAGCAGCACCAAAAUGAGCUGGAACGCCGGGGAUAAAAAAGAUCUGCCAUCCGUUCAACUUUCCGAAGUGCCUCUGGAAUCUCAGUUAGAGGAACUGUCCACACAGCUAGCGAUCCAGAUGGACGAGAUCGAAGGCCUGAAGAACGCUUUGCAAGAAUCCAUCCGGACCAAAGAGGAGGACUUCCGUGUGUACCAGGACACCGUGGGACAGGUGAAGGAGAUCUUCCUGCACGCUCUGAAGCAGCACGCGCAGGAGAAGAACUGAGUCGGGUCUGGUGGUGGGAGGGGGUUAGUCCCACUGUCCAGAUGUGGUCCCUCCGAGGUGACUCUCAUUUAAAUACUUGCAGGAGGGUGCAGGAGACAUAGCAGACGUUGGUCCUGUAGAAGAUGCAGGUGGUCCCCAGCUAGAGGGACGCAAGGGCCAGCUCCUCUCAUCCAUAAUGAUGUAUUCGUAGUCAUAUUCACCGGAUCGGUAGUCCGGCCCUCAUUCCAAACGAAUCUAGAAUCCCUAAGCAGGAAGAAUUUGCUUGGGUAGAAACCAACUUUGGAUCAACUUUGACAUCCCUUGCCAAACAAGACCUGUUUUUAAACUUUUCCAAUGUAAAUACAGACCCCAUUGUUGUCACUCAGCAAGACCUGGACAAA